AUGGUGGUUAUCAAGGAGCUCAUUCUUCUUACCAUCAUUGUGGGCUCGGGGCUUGUCUCAGCUCUACCCCCCACUAAGAUUGGUACGACCAAGACCAACCAUGGAGAUGUCCCGGUACUGGGAAAGGGACGGGCUUCACUCCAGCAGGUUCGAAACCCACACUACCGCUUCAAUGGCGCCCGUGCGAUUUAUCGGACCUACCUCAAGUAUGGUGUUCAACCCCCUGACUACCUGAUCGAGGCAGUCGCCAAAACGGAUGCUCUCAAUACAGCAGCCGAGGGAAAGCGAGACACUGGCAGUGCCGCCGCAAUUCCUGUUAACCCAAACUACGACAUUGCAUAUGUCACUCCAGUAAGCAUUGGGACUCCUCCCCAAACCCUCCACCUGGACUUUGACACGGGCUCGUCCGACCUCUGGGUGUUCUCAAGCCAUCUGCCCGCAUCUCAGAUCAGGGGCCAGACCAUCUACGUUCCUGCCAACUCUAGUACGGCAAAGCUCCUGGCUGAUCACACAUGGAGCAUCACAUAUGGCGAUGGCUCGGCAUCUAGGGGCAACGUCUAUGUCGAUAACUUCACAGUGGGAGGGUUGACGGUCGAGAACCAGGCAGUCCAAUGUGCCUUGCAAGUCUCUACAUCAUUCACUCGCGAAUCCAACAUCGAUGGGCUUGUUGGAUUGGGGUUCAGCACGUUAAAUACUGUGGUUCCCAAGAGUCAGCUCACCUUUUUUGAUAACGCAAAACCGCACAUGGAUGAGCCAGUAUUUACCGCAGACUUGAAAUGGAAGUCAGAGGGUACAUACGACUUCGGCUUCAUUGACGAAAAGAAGUACACUGGGAAGAUUACCUAUGUACCUGUGAACACAUCUCCCGGGUAUUGGACAUUUACAAGCUCGGGCUACGCUGUUGGUUCGGGUAACUUCAGCGCCACGUCUAUUGUCGGUAUUGCUGAUACGGGCACUUCGUUGGUGUACUUGCCUCCCUCGAUCCUCACAGCCUACUAUCGUCAAGUGGAGGGUGCUACCAGCAGCCGCACAUACGGCGGCUAUGUGUUCCCCUGCAACUCAAAGCUGCCGUCCUUCACGUUUGGCAUUGGCGAAGCACGAAUCACCAUUCCUUCGUCAUACAUCAGCUAUGCUCCUGUCACAGCGGGCUCCUCAACCUGCUUUGGCGGGCUCCAGAGUAGCAGCUCUUUGGGAAUCAAUAUCUGGGGCGAUGUGGCCCUGAAAGCGGCCUUUGUGGUGUUUCACGGCGGAAACCCGCCGACCAUCGGCUGGGCAAAGAAGCCAUUGGAAAGUUAA